UGUUGUUGAAGAGUUUAUUUUUUGGUUGAAACGCAGUGAGGCAUCUUGAUGAGCAUUUUGCCAGGUGAAAGCAUCAGAUCCCAUAGGGCGGCCAGCUGGAAUUAAAUUUGUGCCUCACUCUUCGCCGGUGAAUGACACUUCUGUAAAAUUUCUCUCUGCUUACAGAAUCAAAUAUCAAUAUCUAGCAAUUUGUCGUGGUUAUCGCAGCCAUGGCGAUUCAAGUUCCAUCACCAUCAUCCUAUGGCUUUGCCCGCGAACCAAAGUUUAGAUAUGAUGUUUUUCUGAGCUUUAGAGGUGAAGAUACUCGUCACUCCUUCACUGUCAUCCUCUACGAUGCUCUGCGCCGUAAGGGAAUCAACGCCUUCAUAGACGACAAGAAGCUCGGGAAAGGGGAACGGAUCUCACCGGCGCUUCUUAAAGCCAUAGAGAAAUCGAGGGUUUCGAUCAUUGUGUUCUCUAUGAACUACGCUACUUCCACAUGGUGCCUAGAGGAACUGACCCACAUCAUUCGAUGUAAGAAGGAGAAGAACCAGCUGGUUAUGCCAAUAUUCUACAAGGUGGAUCCAAUGGAUGUCCAAUAUCAGAGGAAUAGCUUUGGCGAAGCCAUGGCUGCUCAUGAAGACAGGUUCAGAAAUGAUUUGGAGAAAGUGAGAAGAUGGAGGUUUGCUUUGUCUGAAGCAGCUAGUUUGUCGUCGGCCUGGCUUUUUAAAGAUGGAUACGAAUUUGGGUUUAUUGAAAGGAUUGUUGAAGAUGCAUGUGCUAGGCUGCCUCCUAAACGCUUCCAUAACACUGAUUACAUGGUUGGACUUGAGCCUCGUAUAGAAAAAGUAAUGUCACUUCUGGGUGAAACUGAUGAUAGAGUUUGUAUGUUGGGGAUUCAUGGAACCGGGGGGAUUGGCAAAACAACCCUUGCAAAAGCCUUGUAUAAUACAAUCUUCUACCAAUUUGAAGGUGCAUGCUUUUUGUUUGACGUUAGAGAAGAAUCAACAAAAUAUCAUGGCAUGGUUCGCCUUCAACAAACGCUUUUAUCAGAGAUUCUUGAGGAAAAGAGGAUAAAGUUUAGCAGUGUUGAUGAAGGAAUAUCUAUACUAAGACACAGACUCUCACAUAAAAAAGUUUUGCUGGUUCUUGAUGAUGUUGAUCAGCUUGAUCAGUUAGAACAACUUGCAGGAGGGUGUGAUUGGUUUGGCUGUGGAAGCAAGGUCAUUAUAACAACGAGAAAUAAGCAAUUGUUAGUUGCACGUGACAUUGAAAAAACAUAUGAAAUGACGGCGCUGAAUGAUUAUGACUCUCUUGAACUCUUUUGUUGGCAUGCCUUUCAUUUGAGCCAUCCUCCAAAAGGCUAUCAAGAUAUGGCAAGUCAUGCCAUAAGAUAUGCACAAGGCCUUCCUCUUGCUUUAAGAUUAAUAGGCUCCAAUUUGGCACAUAGAAACUUAGAAGAAUGGAGGUCUACAUUGGAACAAUAUGAGAGGAUUCCGGAAAGAACAAUUCAUAAUAUACUAAAGAUGAGCUAUGAUUGCUUACAAGACAAUGCUAAGCGUAUUUUCCUAGAUAUUGCUUGUUUCUUUAAGGCAAAGACAUUUGUAUACAUUGAAGACAUAAUAGAAGCUUUUGAUUUUGGUGGAAGGUUCUAUUUUGAAGUGCUUGUUGAAAAAUCUCUUGUAACUAUUUCUGGUAUUGGUAAGUUGUGCAUGCAUGAUCUAAUACAACAGAUGGGUAGAGAGAUUGUUAGGCAAGAGGCACCAUCAAGUCUUGAUAAACGCAGUAGAAUAUGGUAUUACAAGGAUGUUCUUAAAGUGCUAUGUGAAAAUUUAGGAAACAGUAAUAUUGAAGGAAUAAUGCUUGAUCCACCUCAACAAGAAGAAGUGAGAUGGAAUGGUAUGGCCUUUGAGAAGAUGACUAAUCUUAGGAUUCUUGUGAUUCGGAAUACCCAAUUUUCAACUUACCCUAAAUACUUACCCAAUAGUUUAAGAUUGCUUGAUUGGGAGGGAUAUCCUUCAGCAAAUUUACCACCAGAUUUUUCUCCUAAGAAACUAAUUUCCUUGAAGUUAUGCAAUAGUAUCUUCAGACUGGAAGAGCCGUUCAAGAGGUUUGAAUGCGUGACAUACAUGAACGUUUCACAUUGUGAAUUCAUAACUGAAGUACCUGAUAUGUCUCAAUUCCCAAAUUUAAAAAACUUGUUGUUUAGAGAGUGUUGCAAUCUGAACACAAUACACUAUUCCGUGGGAUCUCUCUCUAAGCUAGUCCACUUAGAUGUUAGUAACUGCAACAAACUUACAAGCUUUCCACAUGAAAUCAACAUGCCAUCUCUUCAAGAUAUUAAUCUUAGCCGUUGCAAGAGUCUUGACUACUUCCCACAUAUAGUGGGGAAGAUGGAUGCAUUAACGGAUAUUUGGGCAGAAGACACUGCUAUUAAGGAGCUCCCACCUUCCAUUGGAAAUCUUACCGGGCUUGAAUGUUUAAAUUUAAGCUCUUGCAAAAGUCUCAGGGAGCUUCCAAACAGCUUAUUCACGUUGCAAAAUCUUGAGUGGCUUGAGUUGAGAGACAGUCACCCUCCUAGCAGAAAAUCUUUGAUGAAAUUAAUGCAAGAGAGGCUACUAGCUGUUAGCUGCGCAAACAUAAAGUUCUUGAAUCUUGAAAACUGUUGUCUGUUGGAUGAAGAUCUUAUCCUAAUAUUGAAAUUUUUCCGGGAUUUGCAAGAGUUAACUCUUUCAGGGAAUGAUUUUGUGUCCCUUCCUGAGUGCGUCAGAGAGUGUGCUGAAUUGCUGAAAUUGGAAGUGGAUGACUGCAAGAAGCUGAGAGACAUACCAGAGUUGCCAUCAAAGCUAAGCGACAUUAAGGCAGAGAAUUGCACAUCAUUAACUACCAAGUCAUUUGAUCAUUUAUGGUCUCAGGUCAAGAAUGAAAUUGAUCUCUUGAGAAUAUGUAUGCCAGCAACAACAUUUCCUGAUUGGCUUGAUGAUUGCUGUAAAGGAGGGACACUGUCUUUUCAUGCUCGCGGGAAUUUCCCUCGCGCUGCCCUAGCAUGUGAGUUGGGGAAAGCAGACAGGAGAGGGAGACACUUCUUCCAUGUUUCUGUGAACAUCAAUGGUCAUGAAAUACUAAGGAAACAAGAUGUAAAUUAUGGAAGUACACAAGGUCACGUGUUCUUGUUUGAUUUAAGAUGGUCUUUUGAGGGAGCAGAGUGGAAGAGGCUUGAUAGGCAUCUGAACUUGGAUUGGAAUGAUGUGGAAAUACAAGUCACAUGUUUAACACCAAACUUGCCUGUAGUUUGCUGUGGAAUUUACGUGUACACACAGCACACAAACAUGGAGAAUGUGCAGUUCAAUUCUUCUCAGCUUUCCAUGAAUGCUCCUACAUCUCUGAAACGAACAGAGACUGCUUCUCCUCCUAAUGAACCACCCAACAAGUUCCUGAGAAAGUUCAUGGCUGCUGAUAAAAAGAAAACUCAAUAACUCAAAGAAAUGGACAAGGAGAGUAAUUAAACGACACCAAAUUUUUCAUUCUGUCGCAAGAGAAUGAUAGUAUUUCCUAUGGGUGAGCAUGUUUGGGGGUUUUCGAAGUACUAGCUAUCAAAUGUUAAAGAAUUUUUUUUUGGUAACGAUGAUUAUUAAAUUUCUUUGGUCAAAGAUGAUUAUUAUUAUUAUUAUUAUUUUUUGAUAACAAAGGCCCUAACUAGGGGUCACAGGCACGUUGCAUCUCCUUAUUUAGCAAAGCUAGAAGACUAUCAGAGGGAGCACUAAGAAUAUAGAAGCCAAGAUCCAUGUCCAGCGCUUGUUGAGCAAGAUGUGUGCUGCUGCGUUUGCAGACCGAGGUAGAUGGGUAAACAUAACUGUCCAUUCACGCAGCGGGCAAGUAUCGAUCUCAUUCAAGACUUCAUAAAUGGGAUGAAUAUUGUCUCUCUCUCUCUCUCGGUGUUUUUUUUUAAAUAUCGUUAUAAAUGGGUCAUGUACGUUUAUGAGGAAAACAUUGGCAUGUCUUAUUCCUUCCUUAUGUUGGAAAAAUUAACCCUUUUAUUUUUUAUAGUUUGCACACAUUUCCAACUCAAUCCCUAUGCAUCUGUUUCAAUAUAACUCAGUCCUAAUUUAAUGCU